GUCUUAGCGUGACCUCUACUGCAGUUGAAAACAUUUGGGAACCGAGCUUGAAUGAAUUGGUCAUUGAAAUAUAAUUGCAGCAGUUUGAUUUAUAAAUUAAUUAAUCUUAAAUAUCACCAACUUCAGAAAGGCUUAUGUGCUCCGCGCCGCUCGAUUUCCGACUCGGGGAGCUUAGUGUGACAGUUGUCGGUGUUAAGUCCAUUUCAGCACAACUGCAUCAACAUGGGGGUGAUUGGUGUGCAGCUGGUGGUUACUAUGGUAAUGGCCAGUGUAAUUCAGAAGAUCAUUCCUCAUUAUUCCUUUGCAAGAUGGCUACUCUGCAGUGGCAGUCUGCGGUGGUACCAGCACCCUACGGAAGAUGAGUUGAGGAGCCUUGCCGGAAAGCAACAAAAAACUAAGAGCAAGAAAGACCGGAGGAACAAUGGCCACAUAGAGAACAAGCCUCUGACCAUUCCCAAGGACAUAGACCUGCAGCUGGAGACCAAGUGCAUCACAGAAGUGGACACGUUAGCGUUGCACUACUUCCCAGAGUUCCAGUGGUUGGUGGACUUCACGGUGGCUGCCACAGUGGUGUAUCUGAUCACAGAGCUGUACUACACAGUGGCCCAGCCCUCUGGGGAGAUGAACAUCAGCGUGGUGUGGUGCCUGCUCGUCCUCGCCUUCGUCAUUAAGACCCUGUUCUCCCUGACGGCCUUCUACUUCAAGCUGGAGGAAGGUGGCGAGCGCUCGCUCUGCAUCACCUUCGCUUUCUUCUUUUUUGUCAAAGCCAUGGCCAUCCUCAUCGUCACUGAGAACUACCUGGAGUUUGGCCUGGAGACCGGUUUUGCAAAUUUCUCUGAAAGUGCCACACAGUUUUUGGAAAACCAGGGGUUAGAGUCCCAGGGUCCCAUAUCUAAACUCACCUUUAAGCUGAUCCUGGCCUUGCUCUGCUCUCUGAUUGGUGCAUUCCUCACCUUUCCCGGUCUACGAUUGGCUCAAAUGCACCUGGACGCCCUCAACCUGACCACAGCCAAAGUCACACAGACUUUGCUUCAUAUCAACUUCCUUUCCCCUCUUAUUAUGGUACUGCUGUGGGUGAAGCCUAUAACCAAGGACUACCUCCUGAAUCCUGCCCUGGGGAAGGAGAGUAUGCCUUUGAUGACUGAGGAGACCUAUGACACGUUGCGGUUGUGGGCCAUCCUGCUGCUGUGUGUGCUGCGCCUGGCCAUGAUGAGGCACCACCUCCAGGCCUACCUCAACCUGGCCCAGAAGGGCGUGGAGCAGAUGAAGAAGGAGGCGGGACGCAUCAGCACCAUUGACCUGCAGAAGAUGGUGGCCCGUGUUUUCUACUACCUAUGUGUAAUCGCACUGCAGUAUGUGGCACCCUUGGUGAUGUUGCUGCAUACAACCUUCCUGCUAAAAACCUUAGGUGGACACUCAUGGGGGGUGUACUCUGAGGAAGACCUCCCCUGCCCAAUGGAGAUUAACUCUGACCCUGCUGUGGUUGCAGUAGCAACUGCAGCUCCAGGGCUGGCUGUGGUGGCCCAGGCAUCGGUGGUCCAGCUGUCGGUGGCCCUCGGGGGCCUGCGAACAGUGUUCACCCCCCUGCUUUUCCGUGGCCUCCUCUCCUUCCUCACCUGGUGGAUCGCUGCCUGCCUCUUUUCCACCUCCAUCUUCGGCCUCUUCUACCACCAGUAUCUCAUGGCGGCAUAGCAGCAUUCCCCCAGGGUCAGGGUGGUGUCCCACUGGGCUCUGUUCCAGCCCCGUUCAGAAACGACUGUGUGGGGCAGGGCUCUAAGGACAACCCUUCUCCUCUCCCACAGCCACGUCACUCAUGACCAUAUCUGCAGAGAACCCCUGGUUCACCCCCCAGUGCUUCCUUCAUGGAUGACUCUUAACUUGACUUUUACUACCUUUUUAUUUUGAGAGCAGGAUUCAUAAAUCCUUAACAAAAAGACACUAAUAUAAAUGAGAGUAAUGGUAAUAUUUAUGUGCGUACAGUCUUAAACAGAGCAGCAGAGAACCUUGCGGUGGUGGUGGUGGGGGGCUGUGAAUGUUGUAAAGGGAUGUGUGAACUAAAGCAGCCAAUAAGAGGUCACCACUGCGAUGCUUGUCCUACUGGAGAAGGAGGGGACACCUCACUGGGAGAGUCCCUGCUGAGAUCCCGUCACUUGAAACUGUUAAAUUUAAAUAUGUCUAACUGGCUACCAAGGACGAACAUGGGUUUUUAAAUGUACGUUCCUUAUGAUUUCUGAAAUAUUUUAUCCCCCCUUUACUGUCCCUGGUACAAACUGAGCCAUACUGGAAGAGCUGAGAGAAACGUGUGCCCCUUCUGACCAGUUGUGACGACAGUCAGGGAGGGAAGCAACACACAGGCCUUGGUCAAGGGAAUGGUACGUGUGAAUGUGAGUAAGAUCCCUGCUGUUAGGUUGGUGUACAACUAAAAGGGCAUUUUGAUCAAUAGGAGAAGUGUCAAGUCAAAUGCCAAUUGUAAGCUACAGCCUCUUUCCUCCACCCUCCCCUGUCCCCGUCCACCCCUUGUAGAGCCAGUAGGGAAACUACCAUUUUUAGGUCUUCUGUUUUUGUUUCAUGGAUCAAAUUGUGAAUUUAGAAAUGUGUUUUUAUUUGAAAGAGCUGCCAAGUAAGAGUGACCCCUCCAGUGGGCUGUAAGAUUUGAUGACUGAUAGUUUUACAGCAACAAUGCGGCCUUCUGUCUUCAGAGUCCCCAUGAGGAACCAAUAGAGCACAAGUGUGUACUCAGAACAAGAUAUGCACAAGUGUAUAUGUACAGACUUUCAUAGGCUUACUGACACUCUCUCUCACACA